UCCAUCGCCUAUGAUUUGGCACUUCUGCGCGAAGUAAACGCGCACAACCCAUUUCAAGAUCCCUCGCGGUGGGAAGGCAUUGUGAAGAACAUGAACUUUGCUCUGGGAAAAGUGUUUAGUGCGCGCGCCUUGCGCGAAAGGCUGGACCUUCUGUUGGCACAGUUCAUCGCAAACGACCGCGCCAGCCUCAGAAAGUCUGGUACCGAAGAAGAGUACGAGGAAAAAGAAAGGCUGCUACAGGAGAUAUGCAGCCUCGCAAAAGACUUCGGCUGCAAGGUCAAAAGCCGCAAAGCGCAGUCCUCUGCGGGUCAGAGGGUCAGUGCGGCUGUGACCCGCGACACUGCCGCUGCUACGUUGGUGCCAGCGUCGCAAGUCGCCUUCGAGCCACUCAGCGCAGAUGCAAGUUGUGACGACGCAUCUCAAAGUGCUGCAGACCUACUGGAGAGAAUUGUACAGGGCACCGACAUAGCCGCAACACCUGGCCCCUCGGACGAAACCACGACCACUGCUAAUAACCCGCGGCAGGAGGCAUCAACGAAUGCGGACGACAGGCCCGAUACUGAAGGAGCUGCCCAAGUUGUGCCUAGAAGACGCAGGGCUCAAGCAGCGACGGCUAGUGCGGACUAUGAAUUCAUCGAGAAGAGGUGGAGACACGAGAGGGCCCUGAAAGAGAAGGAGCACGCGCUUGAGAUGGAGCGUCUGGCCGUCGAAAAGCUCCGAAUCGAGCGAAAGCAACAACGCUCUGAGAAAAGGCACGAGCUGAAACGAGAGAGAACUGAAAGAGAGCUGCAACUGAGAGAGCGGGAAAUGGAAAUUCGCCAACGCCAGCUGCAAGCACAACUCGACGAAGCGAGCCAAAGAGAGCAACUGUCGAGAUUCCACAAGGGUACUCAAGACGCGAUACUCAAAAUUGUAGAAACAAUUUGUGAAAAGUUGGCAAAGUAAAAAGCAUGUAAAUAACAUUCGGCUGGGUUGACAAGAACGCAGACUAAAUAAUGUGACAGCGCUUGUGGCUGGGCCGGAAAUCCAGCCCGCGACCUCAACCUUAAUUUUAUUAUGGAAACAUUUCAGUGUUGCUGAGAAGACACUUCGAGAUUGUGUACCUGAAUUAUUACAGCAGAAGAACCGACAUUUGGGCGAGUUGGAUUGCGUUAAACAUGAUGAGUGGUUUUCAGCGCAAAC